CUAGGACUGUAUAUAUAUAUGAUAGCUGGGAAGAUGUAGUCAUCAGUGUUAACAGUACCUGCCAGCAUGAAGUUUGUGGUUCUUGCCCUCUUGGCCGUCGUGGCCACCGCCGCCCCCCAGUACGGAGCUCCUCCUCGCUACAGUUCAUCAAGCAAGGAGAUCCCCAUCUUGAGAGAUGAGCGGAUCCACGAGGAGGACGGCAGAUACAGCGUCGACGUGGAGACUGGCAACGGCAUCAUCCUGUCUCAGUCUGGCUCUCCCAGUGGCCCUGAGGGAGCUGUGGUCAAGGCUGGACAAUACUCCUACACUGCUCCUGACGGCACUCCCGUCGUUGUGAAGUUCGUCGCCGACGAGAACGGCUACCAACCUGAAUCUAACCUGCUGCCAGUGGCUCCCGAGUUCCCCCACCCAAUCCCUCAGUUCGUGCUGGACCAGAUCGCCUUCGCUGCUACAGAGGAACCUCGCCGCUACAGCUACGAUGAUUAAAGUAAAAGUUUAACUGACGAUGGAAAGUUUGCUGAGGAAGACGCUGCCUGCGCUCCUGGCAAGUUGGCCGCACCCUCUGGUGCACACGGCGGUCCUCAGUGAAAAUUUCGUCAACCGAGAAAAAGUUUAUGACUUACACUAUUUCAGUGACCUUACCCAAGAAAUUUUGUGUUAAGUCGAAAACAGUUGUAUCCAUUAAGUGGAGAUAUACAAAUAUUUUGUAUUUAUUAUUUUGUAUUUGUGAAUGUAAAUACAUACACAUAUAUAUAUACAUAUAUUAAUAUACGUAAUGCAGUAAACUUCGUAUUUUCAUUACCAUCUGCCAUGUAAACCUCAUCAUCCCUGGAGACUAAUAUAUAAAGCAACGAUG